AUGUUUUGCCAUGGCUUUCGUCGCAUUUCUGCUGCCCUGAGCCACCCGGGUUUCGGAGCUGGGGCCAGAGCCUUUGUGUUUCACGGUCGCAUCGUGGUGGAGGUCCUUUGUUUGUCGACACACGUCUUGGCGAGAAGGAGGAACUUCACUGCUUGCGAGUCCGGCAUCCGCCGAGACAGAGGUGUUGAUGAUGCAUUGGCGAUUCUGUUGGCAUCGGGAUCGCCAGAGCUGAAGCUGGAAGGUUCCAAUGCCAAGAUGCUUCUUCGCUUGGUGGGCUUAGCGGAGACCCCGGUUGCUUUGGGUGCACAGCCCGAUCUGCACGACGGUGAAGCAGGUGCCAUGGUCAGUCGUGAAGGUAUGAAGAAAGCCCUGGUGCAUGGAGAAGACCACAUGGGCAAUGUCAGUGCCAAAUAUGGCAAAGAUGCUUCAGAUCGAACAGGAUUUCACGAGCUCGCUGCACCGGAGUUCAUCUACGAAAUGUGCAAGUGCAGCUUGAACUGCAGUCCGCGGGAGAUAACGUUGGUCUGCAUCGGCCCUCUCCACAACCUGGCUGCAGCCCUGGACUUGCAUCCAGACCUGCCACAACUUCUCCGUGAGGUUGUGAUCAUGGGCGGUGCUUUUGGCGAGCGCCGUGGCAACCGGACGCCGUCUGCCGAAGCCAACUUCUUCGACGGUCCAGAAGCUGCCCAGGCAGUGCUGACCGCUGGCUUUGAGAGGCUGGUGUUAGCAGGCUUGGACAUCACGCACCAGACAGACAUGCUGGUUUUGCGGAAGGAAUGUUUGGAAUCUGGAUCUGCCUUGUCCCAGUUUGUUUGGGAACUGUGCGAGAACUUCAUCAACGUCUAUCACGCUGCCCUGCCAGUCCGUUCUGCAAUCAUUGCAGUGAUGAUGGCUAGUGUGAGACUCAUCCUUACCGGCAUGGUAGGCAUGACGGGCUUCACUGCAGCGGCCAUUUAG